AUGGUUUCUGCAGAAGGAGCUAGAACUGCAGUUGGAAUUCUAGGAAACAUAAUCUCACUCUUCUUGUUUUUGUCACCGGUGCCAACAUUUAUUCACAUAUGGAAGAAAGGGUCUGUGGAGCAGUACUCGCCGGUGCCAUACCUAGCCGCCCUGGUGAACUGCAUGAUCUGGGUCAUGUACGGCCUGCCCAUGGUGCACCCCCACAGCUUCUUGGUCCUGACCAUCAACGGCGCCGGUCUCGUUAUCGAGCUCACCUACCUCCUCCUCUUCCUCUUUUACUCCGGGGACCAGAGAGAGAGGCUCAAGGUGGUGGCGGCGAUGCUCGCGGAGGUUGUGUUCAUCGUGGCCGUGGCGCUUCUUGUACUCACUCUAGCCCACACCGAGGCCCGCCGCUCCAUGGUGGUCGGAACCCUUUGCAUUUUGUUUAAUGUGAUGAUGUACGCCUCGCCAUUAUUUGUCAUAAAAUUGGUGAUAAGGACAAAAAGUGUGGAGUAUAUGCCCUUCUUCAUCUCCUUUGCUUCCUUUGCCAAUGGUGUUUCUUGGGCUUCUUAUGCUCUUAUCCGUUUUGAUCCCUUCAUUAUUAUCCCGAAUGGGCUGGGCUCAGUGUUUGCCUUGGCCCAACUAGUGUUGUAUGCCACCUACUACAAAUCCACACAAAAGCAGUUGGCAGAAAGGAAGAGCAGAGGUGAGAUGGGCUUGGCCCAUGUCACAGUGGCAGAAGACUCACAACAUUCCACUAAAGUGGGGACCGCUGAGCUCCAGAACGGUCAUGUUUGA